AUGAAUGCCCAGCUGUCGAUGGAAAAUAUAGGCGACCUGCACGGCCAUGACUCCGUGAGCGGCCACGGGGAGUUACUGAGCGGCCACACUCCGCACUCUCGUCCCAGUGCCCGGGGGCUGACCCACCGCGCCAUGGGUAUGUCGACCCUGCUGGACGGCGGAGAUUAUCACCACCACCACCCGGGACACCUUCACCCGGCCAUCAGCAUGUGCGAAGCCCCCGGCAUGAGCGCGAGCAGCACCUACACCACCUUGACCCCCCUGCAGCCUUUGCCCCCCAUCUCCACCGUGUCCGACAAGUUUCCCCCGCACCAUCACCACCGCCACCACCCGCACCCGCAUCCCCAUCACCCUCACCCCCAUCCACACCAGAGGAUCCCGGGCAACGUCAGCGGGAGCUUCACGCUCAUGCGGGAGGACCGCAGCCUGGCUCCCAUGAACACUCUAUACCCCGCCUACCACCACAAGGAUCCCUGCAUGGGCCAGAGUCUCUCCCCGCUGUCCGGCUCCGGUCUGGCAGGCAUCCACGCGAGCCAAGCCGGCCUGCCGCCCUACGCCCACCCUGGCGCCGCCAUGCCCGGGGAGAAGAUGCUGACGCCCAGCGGCUUCGAGGCACACCACCCGGCCAUGCUGGGCCGCCACACGGAUCAGCACAUGAGCUCCGCGGCGGGGAUGGUGCAGCUGAACGGCCUGCACCACCACCCACACGCCCACCUCGCAGCGCAGGGCCACGGCCAGGGGCUGGGAGGCGGCCUGGAGCAGGCCUCCGCGCUCGGGCAGCAAGGCGCCAUCAACGGCGGUGGUGGAGGAGGAGGCCAGAUGGAGGAGGUGAAUACCAAAGAGGUCGCGCAGAGGAUCACCACAGAGCUCAAGCGCUACAGCAUCCCCCAAGCCAUCUUCGCCCAGCGGGUCCUGUGCCGGUCCCAGGGGACCCUGUCCGACCUGCUGAGGAACCCCAAGCCGUGGUCCAAGCUCAAGUCCGGUAGGGAGACCUUCCGCCGCAUGUGGAAGUGGCUGCAGGAGCCUGAGUUCCAGCGCAUGAGUGCGCUCAGGCUCGCAGCGUGCAAGCGUAAGGAACAGGACCACGGCCACAGCGAGCGGGGCAACCCGGUUGCCAAGAAGCCCCGCCUAGUGUUCACGGACGUGCAGCGGCGGACCCUCCACGCCAUCUUCAAGGAGAACAAGCGUCCAUCCAAAGAGCUGCAGCUGACCAUCGCGCAGCAGCUGGGCCUGGAGCUGGCCACCGUCAGCAAUUUCUUCAUGAACGCACGUCGCCGCAGCCUGGACAAGUGGGUCGACGACGGCUCCGGCCACCCGCCCGGCACCGGCCUCAGCGCCUGCACCAAAGCCUGA